UAUUUUAGACCAAUAGGAAGCCAGCUAGCCAACAGCCAAUUAAUAUCUGCCUAAAUCUAUUUUCGAAUAUAACAGCAUCAUAUACAAAACAGUCGUCCUUCGAACAAGGACAAAAACAUACUGAACAAUUGUGAUCACUUGAGAAACAAAAUGCUAACAGAACGGAGGUGGCAUUCGAUUCGUAGCUUUCCGUGCAUGUUAUUUUCACCUCUUCAGACUAAUUUGCCAAUUUCGAGAUAAACAAUUCAUUUCCAGUGUGAAAUUGAACUGACGACCUUCAAGUGUCUCAGGUGAGACAGACAAAUAACAUACUUCAUUGAUCGAGCUAGGUCUCACCACAGGUUUCAAUGAACACAAUUCAGUGUAUAUGCAUGCAUGUGAAAUUCACUCUACAUUGAUUGGUUAGCAAACCCAUCCAAUCAUAUAGACGACAGACUUUGUUACUUUGAGACAUCGAUUAAACAACAGUGCAACGUUUAUUUGAUAUUUAAAUACGAUUUCUGUGUGGGAGCGUAAAGUUACCUAAGAAUGGAUAGUGAAUCAAGAGACGAGGAUUCCAGUGGAAAUAGUGAAGCCGAAGUCGAAACAUCGGUGGAUGAAGUGACUGACAAAGUGAAGGGCUGUGUCAAUGUCGACUGGCCAGAGUCCGAUUCUAAUGGCGAUGUCACAGAUGAUGAAUUUCUGUUGGUUCUCGACAAGAUGGAUAUGCCCAGAUUCGAUACUACUUCUCCGCGUGGUGAUAAGAAAUCAUGGGAGACGUUUGCUGAGACAGCUGCUGCUUAUGUGUACAAGUCUUUCGGUGAGAGAGUAUCACAACCGCUACGCGUAUGGCUAAGCAAUUCGGCGAGUUCUGCGAUCCUCCACGGACUCCUUGGAGAGUUGACCACGUCGACAGAAGCAGGUCAAGGUGAAGACUCACGCUCUCCUGAAGAAGCGACAACUGAAAAUAUGUCAAUUGCGGACUCAUGCUUAGAUAAUCGUCAGGAUGGUCAUUGGUGUUAUGGCAGAUGGACGGUGGACAAUGUGGCAAGUACUUCGGAGAUGAAGGAUGUCUUGAACUCCGAGAUGGCGAAUGCAUGUGCCUCAGUGAUGAUCGCCGCCGUAGUCAAUUAUUUUCAGGAGAAUCGCUACAUACCGACCGGAUUCAUGAAGGACAACUAUGCGUCGAGAAUACUUGAGAGUGGUGUGAUGGAAAAGUAUGGUGUGAAAGAUGAAUCCGAUAAGAUGAAGGCGAUGUUGAUCACCGGUCGUUGGGUCUCGAAACUGAUCGUUUUCCGUAAGGCUACGAAACACCGACAACUUCUGCAUCCGAUCAGACCUGUCAAGCGGAUUGGUUACAAGCAGUCUCUCAGAAAACUCGAUAUCAGGAAACAUUUCUUUGAUGUACCCGCUGGCUUCACAGAUACGCGGAUUGCCUACAUGAUUUCUGAUAGGAUGGUCCGAUCGGUGUGCAUCCCCUUCUUCAAGAAAUUUCAUGAACUGAUUGAAUUACGAAAGCAGUACUGUCGAAUAAUUAGUGAUCCAUUCCACUACCACAUACAUGGUGGUUAUUUGACCGGUUCACCAAGGACGACAAUUAUUGACACAUCGAAAAAUCUGUUCGGUCGACUCAUCACAUAUCUGAGAGUCUUCGAGCCGGAAAGCGAACUAUUGCUUUAUCCACAGUGGUGUGGUAAAUACUACUUGGAUUACAGUGAUCGUUGGGAGGAUAUUCUGCGUGACAUUCACGAUGAGAUAUAUAUGCCGAGUGGGUACAAUUUGAGAGAGGUUCUGAGAGAAGACGGCUGCAUUCCGGACCAAUUUCCACCGAACGGUGAGGAGAUGAUAGCCUGUUGGAAGGAAUAUGGUGUUGGCGAGAAGAUUCAAAAAUCGAUCCUCAAAUAUUACUUGGCGAGCUAACUCACAGAGCUAACUUUUCAUCAGGUAAAGUGUCGACGUCUCUGAUGACUAUUUCACGUGUUUGUCGACUGUGACUGUUUCAUCUCAAAUACAUAUUUAUCCCAUCGUGUUU